AGCGGUUUGCACACAUGGCACACCAGUAGUGAAAGUGGACUAGUUUUCUUAGCGGAGGUGCGGACUUUUUGGUUCAGGAUUGUUGUAGGGGGCUACUGAAUGGGAGCAGUCACUGGAUUCGUGUGAUACCAACGCAAGCCGCCCAGACUACCUACUACCCAUCAUAUUUGACUUUUGGGGACGUUUAGGGCACAAACAAUACAAGACCACAUCCUUUCCUCCUUCUGUCCCCUUCCCCUUUCCUUCCGUACGGAUUCUCCAGACAGAUAAAUCCUCAAGAAAUGGCUCAGAUACUGCCGAUACGAUUUCAGGAACAUCUGCAGUUGCAGAACUUGGGGGUGAACCCAGCCAACAUUGGGUUCAGCUACCUGACCAUGGAGUCGGACAAGUUCAUCUGCAUCAGAGAGAAGGUGGGCGAGCAGAACCAGGUGGUGAUUGUGGACAUGUCUGACCCGACCAACCCCAUCAGAAGACCAAUUUCUGCUGACAGUGCCAUCAUGAACCCCGCCAGCAAGGUCAUUGCCCUUAAAGACGCUGCCAAGACGCUGCAGAUCUUCAACAUUGAGAUGAAGAGCAAAAUGAAGGCACACACCAUGACAGAGGAGGUCAUGUUCUGGAAGUGGAUAUCGGUUAACACCGUUGCCUUGGUGACCGAUACCGCCGUCUUUCACUGGAGCAUGGAGGGGGAUUCCCAGCCUACCAAAGUAUUCGAUCGGCACGCCAGUCUGGCCGGAUGUCAGAUCAUCAACUACAGAACUGACGAACAACAGAAGUGGCUACUGCUGAUAGGAAUUUCGGCACAGCAAAAUCGCGUGGUUGGGGCAAUGCAGUUGUAUUCUGUGGAAAGGAAGGUAUCGCAGCCCAUCGAGGGCCAUGCUGCAGCCUUUGGGGAAUUUAAGGUGGAGGGAAAUGCCAAACCCUCCACCCUCUUCUGCUUUGCCGUGCGCUCUCAGGCUGGGGGAAAGUUGCAUAUCAUUGAAGUUGGACAGCCAGCUGCGGGAAACCAGCCCUUUGCAAAGAAAGCAGUGGAUGUCUUCUUCCCUCCAGAGGCCCAGACAGACUUUCCCGUAGCCAUGCAGAUUGGUGCGAAACAUGGUGUCAUAUACUUGAUCACAAAGUACGGUUACAUCCACCUGUACGACCUGGAGUCUGGAGUGUGCAUCUACAUGAAUCGGAUCAGUGCAGAGACCAUCUUUGUAACGUCUCCUCAUGAACCCACAUCUGGAAUUAUUGGGGUCAACAAGAAAGGACAGGUGUUGUCAGUGUGUGUGGAAGAGGAGAACAUCGUGAACUAUGCCACCAACGUCCUGCAAAACCCAGACCUGGGCUUGAGGAUGGCUGUGAGGUCGAACCUUGCCGGGGCUGAGGAGCUUUUCGCCAGGAAGUUCAACACUCUGUUUGCCCAGGGAAGUUAUUCAGAGGCCGCAAAGGUCGCUGCCUCGGCACCCAAGGGUAUCCUGCGGACAGCGGAGACCAUCCGUAAGUUCCAGAGUGUCCCGGCCCAGCCCGGCCAGGCCUCUCCCCUGUUGCAGUACUUUGGUAUUCUGCUGGACCAGGGCCAGCUCAACAAGUUUGAGUCUCUGGAGCUGUGCAGGCCUGUCCUCCAGCAGGGCCGCAAGCAGCUGCUGGAGAAGUGGCUGAAGGAGGACAAGCUGGAGUGCUCAGAGGAGCUGGGAGAUCUGGUGAAGGCCUCUGACCCCACCCUGGCUCUUAGUGUGUAUCUCCGAGCCAACGUCCCCAACAAGGUCAUCCAGUGCUUUGCUGAGACCGGCCAGUUCCAGAAGAUCGUGCUGUAUGCCAAAAAGGUGGGCUACACCCCAGACUGGGUGUUUUUGUUGAGGAACGUGAUGCGGGUCAGUCCAGACCAAGGGCUGCAGUUUGCCACGAUGCUGGUCCAGGAUGAGGAGCCGCUGGCUAACAUCAACCAGAUUGUAGAUGUGUUUAUGGAGGGCAGUCUGAUCCAGCAGUGUACCUCCUUCCUGUUGGAUGCCUUAAAGAACAACCGCCCUGCCGAGGGACACUUACAGACACGCCUGCUGGAGAUGAACCUCAUACACGCCCCCCAGGUAGCAGAUGCGAUCCUGGGGAACCAGAUGUUCACCCACUAUGACCGUGCCCAUGUUGCUCAGCUGUGUGAGAAAGCAGGUCUGCUGCAGAGAGCUCUCGAACACUACACUGACCUGUACGAUAUCAAACGGGCCGUGGUGCACACGCAUCUGCUCAACCCCGAGUGGCUGGUGAACUUCUUUGGCUCGCUGUCGGUCGAGGACUCGUUGGAGUGCCUCAGGGCGAUGCUGUCAGCUAACAUCAGGCAGAACCUGCAGCUGUGUGUCCAGGUAGCGUCUAAGUAUCACGAGCAGCUGGGAACUCAGGCGCUGGUGGAGCUGUUUGAGUCCUUCAAGAGUUACGAAGGCUUGUUUUACUUCCUCGGGUCGAUUGUAAAUUUCAGCCAGGAGCCUGACGUUCAUUUUAAGUACAUCCAGGCUGCCUGCAAGACCGGCCAGAUCAAAGAAGUGGAGAGAAUCUGUAGGGAGAGCAACUGCUAUGACCCAGAGAGGGUUAAAAACUUCCUCAAGGAGGCCAAGCUCACAGACCAGCUUCCACUCAUCAUUGUCUGCGAUCGCUUUGACUUUGUUCAUGACCUGGUGCUCUACCUCUACCGCAACAGUCUGCAGAAGUACAUCGAAAUCUACGUUCAGAAAGUGAAUCCCAGUCGUUUACCGGUGGUGAUAGGUGGUCUGCUGGAUGUGGACUGCGCUGAGGAUGUCAUCAAGAACCUGAUUAUGGUGGUCAGAGGGCAGUUUUCUACAGAUGAGCUGGUAGAAGAGGUCGAGAAGAGGAACAGGUUAAAGCUUUUAUUGCCAUGGCUGGAGUCCCGUAUCCAUGAGGGCUGCGAGGAGCCGGCUACCCACAAUGCCCUGGCCAAGAUUUAUAUUGACAGCAACAACACACCUGAGCGCUUCCUGAAGGAGAAUCCGUUCUACGACAGCGCAGUGGUCGGGCGCUACUGUGAGAAGAGAGACCCCCACCUGGCCUGUGUGGCCUAUGAGAGAGGCCAGUGUGACCUGGAGCUCAUCAAAGUAUGCAAUGAGAACUCCUUGUUCAAGAGUGAAGCUCGCUACCUGGUGCGACGAAAAGAUCCAGAGCUGUGGGCCAACGUGUUGGAGGAGAGCAACCCCUUCAGACGACCGCUCAUCGACCAGGUGGUGCAGACAGCCCUGUCUGAGACGCAGGACCCAGAGGAGGUGUCCGUCACAGUCAAGGCCUUCAUGACCGCAGACCUGCCAAAUGAGCUGAUUGAAUUGCUGGAGAAGAUUGUACUUGAUAACUCUGUCUUCAGCGAGCACAGAAACCUCCAGAACCUGCUGAUUCUGACGGCCAUCAAGGCAGACCGCACUCGUGUGAUGGAGUACAUCAACCGGCUAGACAACUAUGACGCUCCGGACAUUGCUAACAUCGCCAUCAGCAACGAGCUCUUUGAGGAGGCUUUUGCCAUUUUCAAGAAGUUUGACGUCAACACCUCAGCCAUACAGGUAUUGAUAGAGCACAUAGGGAACUUAGACCGGGCCUACGAGUUUGCCGAGCGCUGUAAUGAACCUGCGGUGUGGAGCCAGCUGGCCAGAGCUCAGCUGCAGAGAGACCUGGUCAAGGAGGCCAUUGACUCCUACAUCAAAGCUGACGACCCCUCAGCAUACAUGGAGGUGGUCAACGCAGCCAGCAAGAACAAUAAUUGGGAAGACUUGGUUAAGUUCCUGCAGAUGGCUCGAAAGAAAGCCAGGGAGUCUUAUGUGGAGACGGAGCUGAUCUUUGCUUUAGCGAAAACAAACCGAUUGGCUGAGCUAGAGGAGUUUGUCAGCGGGCCCAACAAUGCUCACAUACAGCAGGUGGGCGAUAGGUGUUACGAGGAGGGGAUGUACGAAGCAGCCAAGCUCUUGUACAACAAUGUGUCCAACUUUGCUCGCCUGGCAUCCACGCUGGUCCACCUCGGGGAAUAUCAGGCAGCUGUUGACAGCGCCAGGAAAGCCAACAGCACUCGCACAUGGAAGGAGGUAUGUUUUGCGUGUGUGGACGGUGAGGAGUUUCGCCUGGCUCAGAUCUGCGGCCUGCACAUAGUGAUCCAUGCCGAUGAGCUGGAGGACCUGAUCAGCUACUACCAGGACCGAGGAUACUUUGAGGAGCUAAUUGCUUUGCUGGAAGCUGCUCUGGGCCUGGAGAGGGCCCACAUGGGCAUGUUCACCGAGCUGGCCAUCCUCUACUCCAAGUUCAAACCUCAGAAGAUGAGGGAGCACCUGGAGCUCUUCUGGUCCAGAGUUAAUAUCCCAAAGGUGCUACGUGCAGCGGAGCAGUCUCACUUAUGGGCAGAGCUGGUUUUCCUUUACGAUAAAUACGAGGAGUACGACAACGCCGUCAUCACAAUGAUGUCACAUCCAACAGAUGCAUGGAAAGAGGGACUGUUCAAAGACACUAUUGCCAAGGUUGCCAACGUGGAGUUGUACUACAAAGCGCUUUCCUUCUAUCUGGAAUAUAAGCCUCUGCUUCUCAACGACCUGCUGACCAUUCUGUCUCCACGGUUAGACCACAGUCGAGCCGUCAACUUUUUCACAAAGGUUAACCAGCUGAAGUUGGUCAAGCCUUACCUUAGGUCUGUCCAGAGUCACAAUAACAAGGGAGUCAACGAAGCUCUCAACAACCUGCUGACAGAAGAGGAAGACUACCAGGGCCUGAGAGCGUCUAUUGAUGCAUAUGACAACUUUGACACCAUCGGCUUGGCACAGAGAUUAGAGAAACACGAGCUGAUCGAGUUCAGACGUAUUGCUGCCUACCUGUACAAGGGCAACAACCGCUGGAGACAGAGUGUCGAGCUCUGCAAGAAGGACAAACUCUACAAGGAUGCCAUGCUGUACGCUGCGGAGUCUAAGGAUGCUGAGCUGGCGGAGACUCUGCUCCAGUGGUUCCUGGAGGAGGGCAGGAAGGAGUGUUUUGCCGCCUGCCUGUUUGCUUCCUACGACCUGCUUCACCCUGACGUGGUGCUGGAGCUCGCCUGGAGGCACAACAUCAUGGACUUCGCCAUGCCGUACUUCAUCCAGGUCAUGAGAGAGUAUCUCACCAAGGUUGAUGAGUUUGCAGAGAAGGUGACGGUGGACAAACUGGAGGAGGCAGAAAGCCAAAGAAAAACCGAAGAGGAGGUGACAGAGCCUCAGCCCAUAGUGUUUGGUCAGCAGCUGAUGUUGACUGCCAGUCCCACUCCAGUGGCUCCCCAGCCGACGUACCCCGGCUAUGGCUACACCGCAGCCGGUUACGCUGCUCAGCCCACGUACGCUUUCAACAUGUAGGCCUGGUGUACCCGCUACCCAGCCCCCCACCCCCUCCCCCACCCACCACGGACCUGAACCAUACCGGAUUUUGCUGCUUGGGGUCACAACCAGCCCGCCUACAGAACGGAGACCCCCCUGAGACUCUCACCACCACCACCACCACCACAAACUCAUCUGGAUGUCAUUCUCAAGAAGGCUCCACCCUGAAGGAUCCCAGCCCUGUUCACCAUCGCCUGUAAGAAACCAAGGAAAAAACAAACAAACAAAAACAACAACGCCCCGCCCCCACAUCUUCAUCCCAGCAGCCCCAACAGAAACUGUGUCUCAGCCCUUCAUCUCUCCUUUCUCUACACGCAGUUUCUCUCCUCUUCAGCAGAGAAGGAUGACAUCACAGCUGUUGGAUCUGCCCCCACCCCGCUCUCCGCCCCCCCACCCAGACAGUGACAACUACAUCACCUAAUUACACAGCAUGAAGUCACCUCUCAGCUCCCAGAGGAAACAAUAUACCGAGGAUAACGUUAGCAACAUCAAGCCACUCUCACUAUCCAGCUGUCCCGUUGCUGUUCCAUGUAGACUGUAUUAACCAUAGAGCAGCUUUUUAUGAUUAUUGAUUUUUUUUCUCUCUCUCUUAGAGAUACAGCACUGAUGAGGAAGAGACUUGGUUACUAAGGAGUCAAGGGGCAGGGGGACGCACAGGACGCGUGCCUCCCCCCCGUCCCUCCAGAAGCACUGCUAAGGCCUUACACUUAGAGGAGGUGGCAAAACUGGGUCAUUAUUCAUGUUUAUUUUCACAACUGUCUCGUGCUCUGAUUAUCAGACAGUUGACUGUGCAAUAGUUUUGUUUGUCCUUUGCAACAGGUACGAAGUGUUUUGAACAAGGCAAUGCUGUAUACGGACUAUGGACAUGUGUUUCUGAGGUUAUGGUACUGUGUGUGUGUGUGUGUGUGUGUGUGUGUGUGUGUGUGCAUGUGUGUAUGCGUAGCCUCUAAAGCCUUUGAGGGAUUUGUCACCAAAACCAAGAGACACUCAAUGAUACCCCCCCACCCCAACAUAUACAUACACACUCACACACACACACACACAGAAACACAGAUACACACACACGAUACGCCCCUCCCCUGCAGCCGCAACACUUUGCCAAGCCAGAGUGGAAGCUCUUGUCAGUCGAACGUCGAUAUCUCUGCAAUACUGGAAAUCUGGAGCGUCAUGAUUGUGACAAAAAGACAAAAGAGGACGGGGAAAUUUGAAAAGAAGCAAAACAAAACAAAACCGUAAACACAAUGCUAUGUGCUGUUGUCUGUGCAUGUGCCGCCAAACUAUAAUGCUGCAUCCAGGAGCACAAUUUUCAUGUUACACUCGAGUAUAUCAAGUAUUACUAAUGUUGUGUCAAAAAUUAAGUGAUGUACUUUGGAAAAACCUUUUACUUUCUCACCCAAACUAACAGAGCGGUGAUGAAGCUCCAAUAGCAACCAGACUGAGGAGAUGAAAUGUAGGGGGAAACAUAGCUCACAUGCUUACAUCCUGGUGCCAGUGGUUCAAAAAUAAUCAUUAUUGUACUGAAAACAGUGUAUAAUUUAAGAUAUAUUGAAAUACCUAACUAAUCAAAGAAGUCAUAUAUUAUGGAAUACCGUACCAUAUGUAUUGUCUAUAGUGUAUUGUUGUAGUCUUAAAAAAAAAAAAAAAAGCAUAAUGAUUUUUGUAAGAAAAGGACAAAAUACAAAAACAGCAGGAUAAUAAAUGGUAAACUCUGCGGCGAGACUGCUCAAAAGUGGUGACAGUUUAGUGGCUUGUUUACUUCCUGUUUGAAGCAGAGUGUCUGUCUCGAGAGCAUUUUGUGGGUUACGCUGUCCUCCAGUUCUGUAUUAUACACUGAGCUCUGUCCCACCGUUGUGUCAACUUUGGAUUUGUCAAGAGGAAAGCAAAACCUUAGCUGCACACAAGCACUCCCUUUAUCUGCACAAGUCAUGCAUACAGAAAGAGAAAUAAAGUUUACACACAG